CCCGACCCGACCGGCCGACCGCCCCAUCCACCAAGAGUAUUCCACCCCCCGAUCUAGGGUUCUUUUCCCCACCGCGCGGACACAAAACAAAGAGCGGCGGCGGCGGGGAGGAGCCGGCGUGGAAGACGAUCGAUCUCGGGGGCGGCGCGCUGGAGACGCAGAUGGGUGGCGGGGUUAAAGCCAAGGAGGAGUACCGCUUUGGCUCGUCCAAGGUUUCUCCCUUGCCUACGGUGAAUGCCGAAGAAGUGGCCGCUGCCAAGGGGAAGAAAUCCAGGGCGAAGAAGGCUGCGUCGCGGAUAGACUUGGACAAGGCUGAAUCCCUUGCGUAUAAAGCCAGGAUGAAGGCGAGGGAGUCUGCUAGGGUAGCCAAGGCCAAGGCCGAGGAGGCCGAAGAAGCUGCCAGGAUAGCCAAGGCCAAGGCCGAGGAGGCUGAAGAAGCCGCCCGGGCCGCCAAGGCGGAUGCUGAGGCGGCCGCCAAGGCGAUAGAAGCCGCAGAAGAGGCGAUGCUUCUCUAUGAGAAGGAGAUGGAGUGGGCGCAGUGCGAGGAAGAAUUGGACGCCUCCAUGUUCCGCGGCCGCUGGAACCAACAGCACGCCCGCCACGGCGCCACCUUCCUGGAAAUCACAUCUAUCCCACCUAUGCGUUACACUUACCCUACUCCCGAGGAGAAGGUCUACAUCGAGACCGCGGAAACUCUGCAGAUCGUUUCUCUCAAAAUCGUGUCGAUCAAUGACGACUCUUUACGCUGGCCACUGCAAGUGUUUGGUAUGGUUGCCGUGCGUGAUAUCUUGGAUCACAAGCGCAACAUUAUCUUCCAGCGACAGAGGAAUAACUGCCAAAUCAUCAAUAAGAAUGAUCCGUAUCUAGCAUUGACAGGCCCAAGCCGUGCUGUUGCUGUGUCGAUGGAACCUUCGCACAUUGAGGUUUCGCUGAAAGUGAAGGGGACCACUAAAUCUGAUGAUAAAGACCUAAGCGAGCUAGUUUUGAAUUUUAGAUCUGGAUGCGUGCUUAGUGACGUUUACCCUAGCAGGAUUAGCACAAUUGAACUUAAAUACGAUCACAUUAUGUGCGCUGUGGAGGCCACGAUCCGCAUAAAAGUCACUGGUGGGUCUUGGCCAGAUGGUUUUCGAGGUAUGUUUACUGCCUACAACACUGGAGCUGAUGACCUGAAAGUCAAGUUACUUGAUUUUGGAGAUGGUGGAUUGCCUGUUGGUGCUGAUGGCAUGGUCAAGCUCUCACGCAGUGUGGUUUCCGUUGACCUUGAGGAGAUGCUCAAAGUCUCUGCCAUGGCAUAUCCUAUUAACGAUGAUGAAGUUGCUGAUAGCAGUGAGGUAGCCUUAAAACCUGAGAUGGCUGGUAUAACUCCCCCAGGUUUUGUGCUGACGGUUGGCUCAUGUAGUAUGGAAGUGAGUGUUGCCUGGUCCCUUUUCCGUCGUCGAUUCUGACCUUGAAAGGCUGAUGCUGACAGGAGCUCUGAACUCAUUUGGCCUGCUGUACUUGUGUUAUGAUGUGGUGGUAGCCGAGAUCUGCUCUACUUAUGUUAUGAUGUGGUAGCUGACUAGCUGUUGCUUGGUGUAUGCUAAGUGGUACCGUUGCUUAGGUGGUGUAUGUUAAGUGGUACUGUUGCAUUUGUGGACAGUGUAAUAUUUGAUCACCUCGCUUUUGUUAAUACUAUUAUGCAUGGGUAAUUGUCUUGAGGAA